GAUAAAUCGAACUUGCCGUUACACGAUCGCACUCACCGGCGUCACAUAUGAUUAUUCAGUUACAUUGAGAUGUUAGAUUUCCUCAACCUGAAGAAAAGUGACUACUUGUGUGAAUUAUGUCGUGGAAGUAUAAAGGGCGAAAACUGCACACCGAAAUCAUGCUCUCAUAUGUUUCAUAUUAAUUGCUUAGAGGAUUGGGCUAGUGAUUUUGACUGUUCUUCGGGAUUCGCCUGUCCUGUCUCUGGUUGUUCCUUAUCCUUCAGUGAAAUAUUAAUCCGCAAGACACCUGGUUCUGUAAAUUUCACAGUAACGUCCUUUAAAGAGAACCACCAAUGCCCGAUAUGUUGCGAGAGGAUUCGAAAGCCUGUUGCUACUCCGGAAUCAUGCAAUCAUGCGUUUUGCUACACAUGUCUAAAAGAGUGGUCACGUGUACGGCAUGAAUGUCCUUUGGAUCGUGGCGUUUAUGAACUGAUUUUAUUGUCUGAUUGGGUUGGGGGCCCCAUAAUAAAGCGGGUUAAUGCGCCACCUGUUAAACAGCAGCCUUCAGAAACACCACCAUUGGAAUUGGACGUUAACUGUGAGGUAUGUCAUCGUCCAGAUGAUGAAGCACACUUGCUUUUAUGUGAUCACUGUGAUAGAGGGUAUCAUACUUACUGUCUCCCAACCCCACUCUCAUCCAUCCCAGAUGGAGACUGGUUUUGUCCAGAAUGUCUUCGACAGGGGGUUGUCCCGCCCGAAAUAAUUGCUACCGAUGUCGCGCCAACAACAGCUAUUAAUAGACGUGUUCGAAGAAGUAUUCGGAGAAGGUUAAUUGAUUCUGAGGCAGAGGAGAGUGAGCACGAUGAAUUGAACACUUCCUUAGAUUCUAGUUCAGAAAACCUCCAUUUAACACGUGAGCUUAGUUUUGCUGCUCAAAGGAGACUUGAAGAGCAGGCUACUAGACGUCAUCGUGGACGUCGGUUAUUACAGGAUUUAAUCGCUGACCUAAGUGAACGAAUAACAUCAGAGGCCUCUGUUCGAGCGCGACGCCGUCGUAGUCAACGACAACGUGUUCAAAAUCAGCUUGCAUCAGAAUCUACUAGUUUAAGUCCAUCUGGUCCAGCUAACAGUCAGACGACAAUCUGUUUCGAAAUAUCAUCUUCGACAAGUCAACCUGUCAGUAUCCGGUUGGGGCGUCCUCCAAGUUAUUCGAACUCUCACCACAGAAGCCAGAUGCAUAAUAUUGUUCGGUCAGAAUGUAAUGGACAAGUAUCAGGUCAUGGUCAGUCAGAGCCAUCCCGUAAAAGACUGCGUAUACUAUCCAGCAGUGAUUCGGAUUCAGAUGAUCAGAAUGGAGUUAUACUUCGUAACACAAAACUUACUGGUCACCGUUCUCGAUUACUACGAUCUCCUAGUGAGUCAGAAGUGGAAGAGUUUCCUGUUUUAGCGGGCCCGUCAUCUUCGCACGAUUCCAAUGGAGUUCAGGAAGGCAAUACUGUCAUCCAAACGAGUACUACCAGUCUUAAUGGGGAUGUAUGCAUAAGUAGGACUUCGGAGUCUUCUCACAUGGAUUUCAUUCAAGAUUCUACAUUUGAAGUUACUCACAGUAAAUCCGAUUCAGAAAAUUCUAAUUUCGAUGAAACUUUUGUUCCUGCUGUGAAAAACCCACCGAAAAAGAGUAAAACAACGAGAAAAACCAAAAGACGCUUAUCUAAAAAAGCGAAAGGCAAACGUGUCAAGAAAAGGUCACUCAAAUCUAGAACAUUUAAGCGUUCGAGAAACAAAACAAUGCGUAAAAAAAUACGGAAACUCUCCUCGUCCCUAUCGUCUGUUAGCCCGAAACCAUCAACUUCUUCCCAACUUCGAGUUCGAAAUGGCUUGAUAGGAUCUAGUCUACCUAAGUUAUCAAUUUUGGGUAAAGAAUCACAAUGCGAUUUUAGACUUUUGGUUGACGAAGAUGACGAUAAAGCAUCAAUCGUACCUUCUCUACCUAUCAUAACUACUAGUUCCAUUUCAAGCAAUUCUAUUUCUCAACCGAAUCCUCGAUCAUCAACUUAUCUCAGUGACAUAGAAGCUGGACAGGCAUCAUUGUUCCGCUUUUCUACUCGUCAUAUGCAAGUAAAUCCGGAUCAUUCUAUGUCGCCUAUUCCGGUAGCCAAGGUCCCAUCACUUUCCACAAAUAAGGUCAAUAUAGCGAACUCAGUAAACAAUAAAUUCCCCUCUCUGUCUACAGUUAACUCCAUCUCUUCUCCUUCUACAUCAGAUGGUGUAUCUUUUGUCUCCAAGCCUCUCAUAUCCUCAAAUUCAAAUACAAACUCUGAAGUAAAACAUUAUAACAAUACACCUGCAAAAUGUUCUGUUAUCAAUAAUCCUAUCCCAUCAACAUCUCACAGUUGUCCAAGUGAAGUUAAUCCUUCACAUUGUAAUUGGAGCUCUGAAUCUCUGCAAAGAGUAAAGUCUACCUUGAAACAUCAUUUAAAGGCAUAUGUCUCUUCUCACAGAAUAGACAAAGAAACUUGUCGUAAUAUUUUUCAACGUUCCUUGAGCAAGGUAAUCGUACUUUUUUCAUGUACUUCUGUACUUUCCUGUUUUUAUAAUACUGACAUUUCAAUGUUGUCAACAAGAUUUGCAUAGUGUCUUAUUUUGUCGACUUUCUUGUUCCCUAGAUAUUUGAAAAGCUUUUUGAAUACCGUAAAAUGUAUUUACAAUACUUGACUUUUGAAUACCAUAGAUUAAUUUCUGAAAAUAACGAACUAAAAUAAGGAUAGCUACCGAAGUUAGAUUUGUCAAAAUUAAUUUUGUCUAUUUGUUUGGUUUAAAAUGAAUGGUAGCUAAACUUUUCUCAUCUAAUUAAAGAUCUAAUAAGUGAAUACAUUUAGGCGAUCUAUUGUGUCCUUGUCCUUUGUAAUCGUAGUCUAUACAGUAUUAAAACUUAUACUGAACGCUUUAAGAAUCUGUUCGUUUCUCAAUAAUUCUAGUUAUUCGUGAAUAGGGAUUUUUCUAACAAUGUUAACUAUUCUGUUAAACAGGGUGUUUAAAGAUUUAAACUCCUCUAGUGUAUGAAUUUAUGUCAUGAUCAUCCUUGUUGAUAUUGUUUACCAAAAUUAAUUUACACAAUUGAGAUUUUUUCUCCAGUUAUAUUUUGUGAUUGUCAUUUGUCUUUUCUGUUUUGUUUGCUUAUAGAUUAUCAACAAACCAUCUCAUAAGGUUACUGAUGAACGUAUUGCAAAGUUGGUUGAUGAUUAUGUUCAGUAUUGCUUGAGGCACAGAACAUGAAUGUUAGUGCUUUUCUAAUGCAUUUCCCCUGUAAAUCCCACCUAUUGUUUACUUUUUAGAUUUUUUUAUCUUUUCAUGUUUGAAUGUAACAAAUGUUAUGAAAGUUAUUAAAUUUUUCUUUAUGAA